AUGUCGGCUAUCACUGCGGCUUCCGUCGAAAGUUUAAUGGUAUUGAAACCGAUACCGACCACCGAGCAGUCUCAAGCACCACAUGCAGUAUCGGCGAAUCUUGAUCAAGAUGCCUUGACAUCGCUAACGGCGGCUUUCCAAAACUCAGCGUUGGAAGACAAGGCUUCUGUUACUUUUAUCGAUACUUGUGCAGGGGGCGUCUACCUCUCUCGACAUGGAACAAUCUCGAUUCUGCAAAUUUUUGUCCUCCCGAAAAGAUCAACAUUCUUGAUUGACAUAUACGGCCUGAAGGAUAAAGCGUUUUCUUAUCCUGCACCGAGCGGAACUACACUUCGGGCUAUCCUUGAGUCGCCUUCUAUUCCUAAGGUGUUUUUCGACGUCCGCAACGAUUCAGAUGCUCUUUUCAGCCACUAUCAGAUUGAACUAUCAGGCGUGCAAGAUCUUCAGUUAAUGGAGCUUGCAACGCGCAGGUUCUCGAAAAGACGCGUGAAUGGACUAGGUAAAUGCAUAGAAAACGAUGCUGGAAUGACUGCGGAUGAAAGAGCGAGUUGGAAAGCUUUCAAACACAAAGGAAGAGAAAUGUUUGCACCUGAAUGUGGUGGCUCUUACGAAGUUUUCAACACUCGACCCCUUUCAGAUGAAAUUCGACAAUACUGUGCGCAGGACGUCCAAUUUUUACCCAAGUUAUGGCAAAAGUAUGAUGGCCGAAUGACUCGACGAUGGGCAAGGAAAGUAGAAAUGGAAGUGAAGAACCGUAUACAGCUCUCCAAAUCCAAGACAUUUAACGGCAAAGGAAGUCAUAUGGCCUUAGCACCUGCAGGUUGGGCUUAG